UGCAAGCAUUCGCACCUCCAACAGACAUAUCCCAAUGAGUCGCAUGACGCGCGCGAAGGCCGCCGCCGUCGCCGAGCAGUUGCACAUCGACGAGGACGCGUUGCUCGAACUGAACGCCCAGAAGGACGACUUGGUAGCCGCGUUGUCGCAAACUGGAAAUCGAGGCGCGCUUCGCGAAUUGUCGCCAAACAGUGUCAGCAGCAACAUUGAUGAAGAAGCAGAAGUCGAGAGAGAGUUCAUAACAGAACCAAAGGAGACGGGCGACAAGCGCGCGUGGAAGGGCACAGACAACGACACGCUCAACGCUAGCUCCACUAGCGCUACAGGCGCUCAACUACCAGAAGUCAUGCCAGAUGAACACGAAGUAGCGCAGUCACCAGCGAGCAAAGCUGCUUCAGACGACCUCGUUGCUAAUGUGCCAGAAUUUGAGGCUUCGCAUCUGCCAUUACACGAUAAUAGAGCGACGACACCUCCAUCUGAUGCUGUCAAACUCGCUUCAAGCCAGUCCCGUGGCUCGCCCUCGGCUCUGCAGCUUGAUGCGCCGAACCUGGGGUCAGAGGCGACGGAGGUGACACAAAGCACUGGCCAGGAAACCAACCAAGACGGGAAACAACAGCAACGGGCGCUGCAAACGACGACAGAAUACGAGAAUCCGCAAAUCCCAUCGGCCGACGCUCUUGUCUCCGACGACAUGCCCAACCUUUUACAAAUCAAGCAAGCGGAUUCUGCCCAGCGUCCGUCCACACCACAGGCUGAAACUGGCCGCCAAUCGUCAAUGGAUAUAUCGAAUGUCGAAAACGUGGACCCAAACGGGAAGUACGAUCAACUCGAAAAAGCGGUUGUCGAUGCUUCCACACCUCCGAGAUCAAAGUCAAAAUCACCCAGGAUCCCUGCUCCAAAGCCGACUUACGACCAACUCGAAAUCGCAGCGCUCAAUGUAUCCAGAUCAAGCAGCAGUCCCCCCUCUCCAAAAAUGCCCGAGGACGCAAUAGAGGCAUUGGACUUCGAGAAUGACGCCCUUGAGCAAGUCACUGCGCAAGUCCCAGAUGUCCAAGAUUCGCCGCAAAAGCCCAAAUCCCGCAAAGCUGCGCCACUUGUCCGGACAACCAAGGCAAGUCAAGCUAGAAUCUCGCUCGCACAUGGUCUUCCGGAUGCGCCUUCCAAGGCACCGGCGAUGGGGCGGCCCAGGCAGUCCUUGUCUCAAUCUACCGGGAAGCGCAUAACAUCAACGUCCAGUAUGAAGUCAAACGGAACUGCUGCAGAUGAUUCGCUGUCAAUACCAGAGAAGAAGGAAGUUAUCAUCCCGCACAGCAAGCCUAGGCCAAUGUCGAUGCAGUUUAAACCACCACCACCGCCAGCAAAAUCAACCAAAGCGCCUACACAGAGCACUUUCCAACUCCCUGGUGAAGCCGUUGCUGCCAAGCUAAAGGCAGCAAAGGAAGCACGAAUGCAAAAGGAAGCUGAAGAGUCAAAGAAGAAGGCUUUCAAAGCUCGACCCGCUCCGUCGAUGACCAAGGCGCCCGCUGUUCGUCAAACCAGUACCAGCAAAGCUCGAGAAUCAUUGAUGAAUGGCAGUGGCAAUACUCUCGCGACAUCGACUGGUCCUUCUGCUGCUCGGCCGGUCAGUGUUGCUAGCAGCCGGCCAACGACGAGUGGAAGACCUUCGACGAGCUUUGCGAGACCGACAUCCAGUGCACGACCUGCUUCCUCCCUCAAGACCAGCAGAUCCAGGCCUUCCACCAGCGGCGCAACUAAAACUACUGGGCGUCCUUCCACCGCCAUGGGCUCAUCAGUCAUCAGAAACAGACCUCGUCCAAGUACUGCUAUGGCUUUGAGUAACAACCGGCCGCGCACUUCCCUGGCUCUGAAGCCAAACCCUCCCGCUGCUGCAACAUCUUCUACGUCAACCUCUGGCGCACGCCCUCCUGCUUUUCAAGCCGGAAAAGGCAAGGAAGUGUUUCAACGUACGGCACAAGCCAAAAACUCGGCUGAAGCGGCGAAACGGGAGAAAGAAGAGGCUGCAAAAAAAGCGAGAGCCGAGGCUGCUGAGAGAAGUCGUGCACUAAGUCGAGAGUGGGCCGAGAAGCAGAAGGCGAAGAAGAUGGGAGGUGCUGGGGCGAAAGCAGCUCCUGCUAAUCCAGCAACCACUACUGGACUGAAGCCUGAAGAUGCGAUGAGUGGUAUCGUUGAGAGCAUCGAGACGGCCUAAGCGAUCAUGUUGGGAACCUGGAACGCUCCUUGGAUUCACGGGAAACGAAGUCGAAGAAUUUGCUGCUUGUUUGCUUUCUUGUCUGGAUUAACGAACUGCAUGAACGAAUGCAUCGGACACUUCUACCAGGACCACGAAACGUUGUCAAGGAUGAGUGCAUUGGAAUUGGAAGACCUCUUGUUGCUGGUUGCCACUGCUGCUGCCUGGCUGGCUUUUUGCAUUACUUGUCGUCACCGCUGUUGUCUUGCUUGGCCUUUUCCCAUUGCUUGCUUUACUGCAUUACCACGUCAUGGGAUGGAAACGAAUUGUAUCAGUCACUCUGUACGUAUAGCG